AUGGAAGAGAUUGAAAAUCAACAGUAAUAAGAAAAGACUCAGCUCUUGAAGGGAAAAACUGAAACAUCAUCUUUAAUGGAGGAAGAUUUUCUGUCUGUUGGAUACGAUAAGAAGUAUGUAAUUUUGACAUAUAAUUAGUACCUGUCAAAAGUGUCAGGGGGCUUCGGGAAACUACAAGCAAUCGGGUUACUUGCUAUAUUUCUACUGAAGUUUGUAGGACAGCUUGUGCACAUGAACAUAGGAUUUUUGAAAAUGAUGCCAGAAUUUUUAUGCUAAUUCCCUGGUGCUGAGUCACAACAGGUAUGCUCUGUAAAAUAAUUCUGUGAUAAUGAAGCUUAUCUAAUAAAAGAAGGAAUAACAGUUAGUGUGAACUAGACAAGUAGUUUUAGCCUUGCUAACAUGGUGACAAAAUUCGACCUAUAUUGCUCAAAUAAAUUGUAGUUUAUGCUUUUUGGAGGAUGCAUGAUAUUUGGACAUUUUCUCUUCCUAAUUUUUUUCUCUCACUUGAUCGACACCAAGGGUAGGAAGAACAUUAUUUUGGUAGGUCUCUUUGUAUGUAGUGGAGUACUCGGAAUAAUGAUGUUUAUCCCAGGAUUUGACAUGUUCAUUUACUUGAUGUAUGCCUGCUUGAUUGUUUUGGGAGUUGCUUCAGGACUUUUGAAUCUUCAAGGUUGGAUCUAUAUAAUAGAAUUUAUUCCAAAGAAAUAUCAAGCAGGAGCUAUAAUCAUUUCUAACUCUGGCAAGGGAGUAGCAUUGAUAGUAGGAGCUAUGUUUUUCCUACAAUUCUCUAAAAACUAAUUCUGGCUAUUUUUUCUUAAUAUAAUCUUCGCCUUCAUGACCAUAUACUUGAUUGUAAAAUAUAUACCUGAAUCACCUAAAUAUUUUUACAUGAUGAAGAAAUACAGGAAAGCAAGAGAGAUUCUAGAGGAGUUAGGUCAGAAAUACUAGGGUAGGACAAUUAAAGCAAUAUUUAAAGACGAGGCUAAGGAUCAGAACAUAGAGAUCGAUGAGACUUAUAUGGAGAGUUUUUAAACAGAGGAUAACUAUACUACUCGCCAUGAAAUAUAAGCGAUAGAGACUUAAUCAAAAAUAUUAAGAGAAGGCUAUGGAGUGUUUGACAGAACUAAUUUCCUUAAGGCUUUUAAGGGUGACAAGGAGUUUAGGAUGAAUACCAUUGGAAUAAUAUUCUGCCAUGCUUUCAGCUCCUUCAGUUUUUCAUUAUUUACAUAUUUGCUUCCAAAUCUAAAGGGAAAUAUUUUUUUGAACGGUUUUCUAAUAGGUUCCUUUGAAGUUCUUGCCUAUUGCUUUUCUGGACUAAUGAUGAAACUGCUGGGACUUAGAUGCUAAAUCCUUUUAUGCUAUGUAAUAUCAUUCUUUAGCGCAGUACUGUAUUCAGUAUUCGAUUUCUAAGGGCCAUCUUAGCUAACCAAUGCAAUACUAUUGGCUUUACUCAUGUUUGGAGUUGCUGCCAACAUGAAUUCGACUCUAUAUGCUGCUUAUUAAUGCUGUCCUUAGGAGCUUGCUGCCACAUUCUUUGUUAUUUAAAGCUUUAUUACUUAAUUUUUGGUUGCCUUUAGUCCUAUAAUAGCAGAAUAUAACCCAGGCAUAGUUGUAUUUGCAUUUAUUGUGAUAACCUUUGCCUGCUUUACGGUGUCAUAUUUUAUAUAGUACAAAAAUAUGUGA